UUCUCUAGGACUCGAAAUGUGCCGUGUGAUGAGUCUGUAUAGAAGUUUAUAGCAACGGCCCCGGAUAUUCUCGAGCCAUGGCUUCGAAGCCAUACAUUGGCUGUAAAGUAUCACUCCUCUCAAAAGCCCAAAAUCGUUAUGAAGGGAUUUUGUAUACAAUUGAUGCAGCGAACAGCACAGUAGUUUUGGCAGAAGUCAAGUGUUUUGGAACUGAGGGACGGCCAACAGAUAGGCCAACGUCACCCAAAGAUGAUGUCUAUGAGUACAUUACUUUCCGGGGAAGUGAUAUUAAGGAUAUUACACUGGGUGAACCUCCAAGGUAUCACCAUGGCCUGCCUCAAGAUCCUGCGAUAAUACAGACCUCCAGUUCAGGCUCUUCAAGCAUCCAACCUACUGUUGGAUCACUCAGCCCCUUAAGGAUGCCUGCCUACAACCAGCUUGCUGCUAGCUCUCUGCUUAAUCAGCAGUAUGUUGCAGCUCUUGGCCUUGGGCCUUUACUUCAAGGCUUACAUGCUCAAAGAGGUCCCAUGGUGGAAAAGGCUGUUCAAACCGUCAGUGUAAGGACAUUUAGGCAGAGGAGAGGUGCAAGUGCAUCCCAGCAGCAGGAGCAGCAACAAGAAGAACAAGGGCAGCAGCAACAGCAGCAGAGGAAUAGGAGGCAGCCUAAGUGGACGAGAGGAACAAAUAUUCAAACCACAAGGGUCACUGGAGCCACCAUGCAAUCAGACCCAAGUGGAUCCACUUCUCAGGACAGUCAGCAGCAAAAUGCUGAAACCAGGCCACCUGCUAGAAAAAGACAAGGGCCUCGACGGCGCAGGAACCGCAGAAGAGGCCAGCUGAUGGUGGCUAAUGCUCCAUCUCCCACCCUUAAAUUUGACACAGACUUUGAUUUUGAUUCCUCAAACGCACAAUUCAUUAAGGAGGAGCUUGAGGAGAAGGUCCAGGAGAGGCUGACUCUAAGAGAUGGGAAUUCUGAAGGAACGGAAACGGAAGGGUUGCAGCUGACUUCAGGGGAGGAUCGUUUAGCACCAAAGUGCUACUAUGACAAAGCAAAGUCUUUCUUUGACAACAUCUCAUCUGAUAAUGGGCUCAGACUGACAUGGGCAGAGGAGCGAAAGCGCAAUCUGGAGACUUUUGGUGUCCCUGGGCGUUUCCUGAGGGGCCAAGGAUUCAGAGGUGGAUAUGCCAGAAGAGGACGAGGUGCUGCCAGAGUCUAACUCAAAGAAACACAACUGGGCGGCUGUACAGAUCAGUUUCAUACAAAGGCAGAGUAAAGCCACCUUGAAUGAUUUAGUACCCUGUUUCUUACAGUGAGUGGAAAGUACUGGAUCCCCUGUAAGAAUCUUGCCCCCUUUUUUCUUGACAGACCUUUUGAGUUUUAGCACAGUGAAGAAAUCACAAGGGCAAUAAUGAAGGCUGUAUUGCAUUUGGAAGAGGCGCUAUGCUGUGCAUGUUGGUUUGCAGUCUGUUUACUGGUAUACGUGAUGGAACUAAACCAUCAUUAUUACAGCUGUGCUGUAACCAGCCAAAAUGUCUGUCAUUAAAAAGUUUAACAUUAUUUCUUUGACAUUUGACCUUGUUUUUAAUGUGGGUAAAAGUUACUACAAGAGGCUUUUUUGUUUAAAAGGGGGGGGGGAACAUGAAUGCUUCAGUUUCUACUUUGGUUUGCUACUUGCAGAUUUGUAAAUUCUUGCAUUUGCCUUUUUGGAGUAUUAAUCAGAUUUGUCCAUUCAAUGUUGCAUAGUAUUAAUAUAAUGAACUAAACAAGGUUUCAGACUUAAGACUUAAUUUGGUAUAUUCAAGGGAAUGAGUUGAAUGUAAAUAAAAUGGAUGUGCUGAUACACCUGUUAUGAGACUAAAAGACAUUUUGUUGCACAAGUAAGCAUUUAAAAAAAAUUCUUCAGAAUUAUAAAUAAUCUGGGAUAGUA